CUAAACUCUUACAAACACUUCCUACAAUCCAAAGUAGGCUUCAGCGGAUUGAAAUUCCGUGAAAACAGUACAUCCACACUUGGUGUCUCGUGAAAAUCAACUUCCACUUUCUCAAGCAAGAUGUCACUCCCGACUACUCGACGAAUCGUGACAGGACACAACGCCCAGGGGAGAUCUAUCAUCGAGAGUGAUCAGGUACUGACGCCAGCAAACCCUGUUGACCCUGAAGGCAAGCCUCCGACAGGCAUCAUCCCGGGCUUCACCAACUUAUUCCGCACCGACGGUGUGCCCGCCAAGGUUCAAGGACCAUGGAAUGAAGUGCACGGCAAGAAGAUUGGAUUGGUGGCUCCUGACGGAGUGUACAGUCGUAUUGUGGAUUUCCCUCCGACAGGAGAUGCAGACGACAAGGUCAACAUCAUGCACCGCACACAGAGCGUCGACUUUGGUGUGGUUCUUAAAGGUUCUAUUCAGCUGGUGCUCGAGGAUGGUAUAGAGACGACGGUCGGUGAAGGUGAGGUAGUGGUCCAGCGGGGCACGAAUCAUGCUUGGAAGAACAUCACAAACGAAAACGCACGUAUGUUAUUUGUCCUGGUUCCCUCAGUGCCCAUCAUAAACGAAUCGACUGGUCAGGAAUUUGAGUUGACUCCGACAACUCAACUGGAGGAGGAUCCAAAGUAAGAGUUGUGGGCCACAUGGAAGUGAAUACAACACUUGCAACACGACAAUACCAAGUCCUUGACGACAGAUUAUGAUCAUAUCCCAUCAACAAAAGCC